AACAAUAUAUUCUCUUUUUUUAUAUUUCUGAUUCCUGUAGUGGUUAAAAUUUAUACUUUACAAAAUUUAAAUAAACAAUGAGAUUUUAAUUGGAGAAUAUGGCAACAAUCAGAGUAAUUAAUAAUAUAAUUAGACAAAAGACAUGUAAUUAUAAUAGAAUUCCAUCUUUGUUAUCACCGCCAUCAUUAUUAUUACUGUGUAAUAGUAAUAAAGUGAUAAUUAAAAAAUAUUCAAAUGAGAAAAAAAAAUCUGAAAUUACACAUUUCGAUAACAAUGCAACUGAUAAUCAAGUAUCAACAUCAUUUGCGGAAGUAGUUAAAGAAAAUACAAAGUCAGCAUGGUACGUAAGCGUGAUAGUUGCCGGUGUUGGCAUAACGGCAUUGAUGUUCUACGUAAUAUUCCGUGAACUAUUUUCGGACAAAAGUCCGAAUCGUGUUUAUAGCAAAGCUGUAGAUAGAUGUACAAAAGACCCGAAAGUUAUUGACGCACUUGGGGAACCGAUAAAAGCUUAUGGUGAGGAGAGUCGUCGUGGUAGACGCAGACACACUAAUCAUGUUGUUUAUCAACAAAACGGCAGGACGUACAUGAGAAUGCAAUUUUAUGUUCAAGGAGUACGUAAACGUGGGACUGUACAUUUGGAAAUGAAAGAGGACGAUAAUGGAAAUUUUGUCUACCGAUACUUAUUUAUCCAGCUAGAAGAUAUGUUCCGCUCAGUUAUCGUUUUAGAAGAUAACCGAGCAGCGGAAGGUGACUCAAAUAAAAGUGACAAAUUCGCGCCUCAAAAUUUCCCAAUUUUAUCAAACCAAUAAAUAAAUUAAAAUUUAUUCUCGUCAUUAUCUUUACAACUCUUUACAACUCUAGUCUAGUAUGAUGACACUUAAAAUAAAUGUCUGUUAUUCAUUUUAUAAAUAUUUUUUUUUUCAAAAAUAAAAUUUAUACCACUGCCUAAAUAUUGAUAUAUUCCUUAAUCCCUUUUACUGACAAAUUCUGUAUCCACCCAAUUGACAAUUUUAAAUAAAUAUCCGUCAUUACAAAAUAUAAUAAUAAUAAUUACACUGUAAAAAAUUGGGAGAGACUUCGGAGUGAUCUGGAUUUUUAUUCAAUUCAAAUUCACUUCGUCACUCAGAUUUCAAAGUGAUCUCGAUUUCAUUCAAAUAUUAAUUUAUUUAAAGAAAAUAAAUACGACCGUCUUUUUUUCCCGCGUAAUUUAAAUGUAAUUCGAAUGGUAUAAAUAAAUUUAUUUAUCUUGAUACUUGGCAAUAAAAAAGAGUUUAAACCAUGAAAAGGCACAAAAGUCAAGUCAAGACCUUUCUAGCGAUACCAAAUUUAAUAACGUUAACUAAUUAUAUCAUAUAUAUAUAGGGAACAAAAUUUUCCUUAUUCUCUUAAUAACAAUAAUAAUUAUUAAUAUAACAUUGAAAAAAAUUGCAAGUUAAUUCGGAGUGAUUACGGAUUUUAUUUAAAUUCAAAUUCACUCUGAGUUUCAAAGUUUUUAAAAAAAAUCACUCCGCAUACGGAGUAAAUUCGAAUUUUAUUUUUCAGCGGAGUGAUCUAGAUCUUAUUUAAAUCUGCAUUCACUUUGAUUUAGAGUUUCAAUAUUAAUAUUAACUCUUUUUGAGUGAAUUUCACUCCGACCUGGAGUUUCAAUACUAAAUUAAACUCUCGUUUGGAGUAAAUUUCCCUCCAAAGGAAUUAAACAAAUAAACAGUCAUCCGCAUUCUCUCUGGAUUUAUUCCGCUAAUUUUUAUUACAGUAUAUGAUUAUUAAUAUUAAUAUGAAUAAUUUUAUCAUUCAGUUACUUAAUGACUAAUGUUCCGUGUCGACGUGAAUAAUGUCAUCUAAGUUAAACCAAAUUGACUUAUAUUAAUAAACCUAUUGUAUAUUAAUAAAAGGAAACUUAAUCUUACAUUGAAUCUGUUUUUUCAAAAAAAUAUACACACCUACG